CCGGAAACGGCAGGUAAAAAACUCUUCCUGCCACACCUGAAUUGGGUCGAUAGAUAAGAGAGAGCAGCAGCAGUAAGAUCCAUCGAAGUGGCCUGGAAGCGAUGGCUCUCCUCCUCAACUCAUCCUUGAUUCCCGUGAAGUGGGAGAAGAAGUUCAUUUCCAACCCUCUCAUCCCAUCUUCUUCCUCUUCUGAUAACAACAAGAGCAAGCGGAAGUCUGCAGUCGCUGUCAAGCGAAUCCAAGCCUGCCUUAACCCAUUCGAGGAUCCCAUCCUCAAAGAUGCCCUCAAGGAGCCGGUGGCCUUCAUGGGCGGGGUGUUUGCUGGCUUUCUGAGGCUCGAUCUGAACGAGGACCCGCUCAGGGACUGGAUCUCGAAGACGGUCGAAGCUUCCGGAAUCGCCGCCGACGGUGAGAUCGAUGCGGAAGGGGCCGAGGUGGAAGCCGAGGAUGAUGCUCCUCGGCAGAUCGAGAUCGAAUAAGGUCUCCGGUUUCUUGAUUCCAUGUUGUUAAUGGAGUAUUGGUUAUAUUAUUACCUUUCCGUGAAUUUGUCGAUGGUCUAGAAAUGAGAUCGAACCUAUUUCAGUGAAAGGGGAAAGAAAUACUGAUACCGCUGUGGUCAGAUAUUUGUUUGUUGAGAAGACGGGCCGGAGUAUAAGAUCCGGAUCCGUCCCGAUAACAGAACCGACUUCUUUAUUAUUAUUUACUAUUAUUGAUUUUUCUGGAAUAAAUUAAGUGUUUCCAUGGCCGUAAAUACUCCGUCUUUACACGAAGACCCCGACGCGUUUGCUUACACGAAAAGUCGCCCCUCUUCCCUUUCCGUUCGCCGCUCUGUUCCUCGCACCGUCUCCUCCCCCGAUCCAUCGAUCUCCUCCUCUUCCUCAUCCAUGGACUCCAAGGUAGUCAUCGCGCUCGUCCUCGUCUUCGACGUUGUCGCCUUCGCCCUCGCCAUCGCCGCCGAGCAGCGCAGGAACACGGCCCAGGUGGUGCCGGACUCCGAGAAGGAGUACACAUACUGCGUCUACGACUCCGACAUCGCGACGGGGUUCGGCGUCGGAUCCCUUCUCCUCCUUCUGCUGAGCCAGCUCAUCAUCACGGCCGUCACCAGGUGCUACUGCUGCGGCCCCUUGCUCCGCCGUGGCGGAUCCCGCUUUUGCGUCUUCCUCCUCCUUCUCUCUUGCUGGUUGACGUUUCUGGUGGCGGAGGCGUGCCUGCUUGCGGGAUCGGUGCAGAACGCGCGGCACACGCGGUACCGGGGCUUCUACUUCAUGAACGACCCGUCGUGCGAGGUGCUGCGGAAGGGCGUGUUCGCCGCCGGCGCGGCCUUCGUCGUCCUCACCGCGAUUCUCUCCGUGUUCUACUACAUCUUGUACGCCAAGGGCCGGGACUCCAGCUACCGCAUCGCCGAGUCGGCCAUCGGGAUGAACUCCUUUAGCUAGAGAUUUUUCUUGCUUGUUUUUCCCCUUUUUUUUUCCUAGGAGAAAAAAGAAAACGGCGUGUUUACUACGGGGCUUGGCGUUAGUUGUCGCGUUUGUUGAUUUUGUUACUUAAUACAUAUGAGAUAGCGAUGAUAAUUUUUAUUAUUAUUCGAAAGAUAAUUCAUCAUCA